ACCGCCAGACAGACAGCAAGCAAAGACGCCCCCAGAGACACGCGAGACAUCAGACAAAUGCGACUCGAGGGAAGCGGAAGCGGUGAACAGAAGAGAAAGCGAGUUUAGCUACACACAGUCACACACAGAGAGAAGCUAAGAGAGAGUUUACAUUACAUCAUCAUCACCUGCUAAGGCGCUGGCUAGCUGGCUGCAGCCUUCGUGCAGCGCGAGCGUGAGCGGCGCGUCAAAACCGGCAGCCAGACGGUGUCCACACUCUCCUGCCUCUCUUAUCUCUUCAUCCCGGUCUUAACCUUGCUAAGCCUCUCUUAGCCCUUCUCUCUCUCAGGAACACACACACUCACACAAACCAAAAGCUAGAGCUAGCCAUCAUCCCAAGAAAACGCCGGGUAGCUAGCUCCGUCGGCGGCGAGCAUGGACUUCGACGACCAUGACGACGCCGACGAGGAGAUGGCGCCGAUGCCCGUGAGCUCGAGCUACGAGACUCCACCACCACUCGGCGGCGGCGCCGAGAUUGCGCCCAACAAGCCUCCCGGCGAGCCCGGAAUCGGGGGGCGUGCCGAUGCCAAGGCGCCGGCCGGCGUCAGGUACCGCGAGUGCCUCAAGAACCACGCGGUCGGCAUCGGGGGGCACGCCGUGGACGGCUGCGGCGAGUUCAUCGCCGCGGGCGAGGAAGGCACAAUCGAUGCGCUCCGCUGCGCCGCGUGCACCUGCCACCGCAACUUCCACAGGAGGGAGUCGCCGAACGAGUUCCCGGCAGGCGAGGGCGUGCAGGGCGCCUCGCCAUUGUUCUCCCCGGCCGCCUACGGGGCCAUGGUGCCGCACCACCAGUUCUCCCCUUACUACCGGACGCCCGCGGGCUACCUGCACCACCACCAUCAGCACCACAUGGCCAUGGCCGCCGCGGCCGCAGGGCACCCUCCGCGGCCGCUGGCGCUCCCGUCGACCUCCCACAGCCGCGACGACGCCGACGAGCUGUCCGGCGGGAUGGCGGUGGGGCCCAUGUCCGCGGUGGGCCCACUGAGCAGCAUGUCCCUGGGCGGCGCCGGCCCGUCCGGCUACGGGUCCGGCGGGUCCGGGUCCGGCAAGAAGCGGUUCCGCACCAAGUUCACCCAGGAGCAGAAGGACAGGAUGCUGGCGUUCGCGGAGCGCGUCGGGUGGCGCAUCCAGAAGCACGACGAGGCGGCCGUGCAGCAGUUCUGCGACGAGGUCGGCGUCAAGCGCCACGUCCUCAAGGUGUGGAUGCACAACAACAAGCACACGCUCGGCAAGAAGCCCAGCAUUUGACGGAGUCCACAUCGUCCUAGCUUAAUUGCGCGGCGCAUGCAAAGCGUGUCUUGGCCCAGAGCGCCGAGCGCCGAGCGAUCCACCGUGGCUGGCUAAGCUUCCGGACCGUCGAUAGGUACCUGCUGCAUGUGUUUUACUCCUCCUAGCUAGCUAGCGAGCGGUGCAUGGCUUAGGUUAAUCUGUAGCCACCCUUCGUUCUUGGCUUUAGGUGGUUCUUUAUUUAUUUUGUUACUGUUGCUCGUUUGUUUAGUACUAGUACUCCUAGCUAUGGCGCCAUGGUCAUUUGCUGAUUUGGUUCUUCUCGGGAAUGUACUUGAUGUUGCAGCUGGCCAGGAAUUGUAUCUGGGGAUUGGGGUUGCAUG